GCCUGCCGCAGUGGACCGAAGUUUGUGUGGGCCACUUAGAGGUGAGCCUGCCAGACGGCACAGACUUUCCCAGUGCAGAAUCAGCGAGAUGAAGAGCAGCGUCGACCCGUCAUCAUGUGCUCUAGGCUCCCAAGGACUGCCUGCCUACUGCGACUCAUUGAGCUCUGCAUCCUCCUCUCGCACACUGCAGCAUAUUUUGGACUGACAGGCCGAGAGCCCUUGGUCUUUUUACCUGCCCCGUUCUCCAAUGAACCCCCAACGGGAAAAGCUCACCUAAAACAAUGCGAGCAGAUGACCCUGGCCCGUAGGCAGAAACGACUGUGUCGCCGCGAGCCGGGUUUGGCGGAGACGCUGCGUGAAUCAGUGCGCCUCAGCCUCUUGGAGUGCCGUUAUCAAUUCCGGAACGAGCGCUGGAACUGUAGCUUGGACGGCCGCGGGAGUCUUCUGAAAAGAGGCUUCAAGGAGACAGCCUUUCUUCUUGCGGUGUCUUCAGCGGCAUUGUCCCACGCACUAGCAAAGGCUUGCAGCUCAGGCCGAAUGGAGAGGUGCACAUGCGAUGACUCCCCAGGAAUACAGCAUCGUGAGGCAUGGCAGUGGGGGGUCUGUGGUGACAACUUGAAAUACAGCACCAAAUUUCUCAAGAAGUUCUUGGGCCAGAAGAGGGUCAGCAAAGACCUGAGGGCACAGAUCGACUCCCACAACAUUAACGUUGGAAUCCGGGCAGUGAAGAGUGGCCUGAAGACUACCUGUAAGUGUCACGGCGUCUCCGGUUCCUGUGCCGUGCGGACCUGCUGGAAGCAGCUGUCCCCGUUCCACGACACCGGGCGGCUGCUCAAGUUCCGCUACGACACGGCCGUGCGUGUGCUGAGUGUUACCAACGAGGCCACCGGGGAGACGGAGCUGGCGGCGCCGCGUCGCCAUGGCCAGAGCCACCGGUCCACUGACCUGGUGUUCCUGGAGGACUCCCCCAGCUUCUGCAGGCCGUCACGCUACUCUCCCGGCACGGCCGGACGCUCCUGUGCCAAGGACACCAGCUGCCAGAGCCUCUGCUGCGGGCGCGGCUACAACACGGCCAUGCACCUCACCACACUCUCCUGCCACUGCCAGGUGCGCUGGUGCUGCCAUGUAGAGUGCCAGACCUGUGUCAGGGAGGAGGAAGUGUACACCUGCAAAAAUACCUGAAAAGGGGGAGAGAUGGAGACAAAAAUGGGGAGAAAAAAUGG